CUUCCUCAUAUGUGGAUUCCUUUUCAGAGAUGUUCCAAACCAGCCUGGUGUCCCUUGCAGUGCUGCUGUGCUCUGCCCUCUUGGUCGAUGGAGGGAGGGUCUUGGUGUUCCCUGUAGAUGGAAGCCACUGGAUCAACAUGAAGGUCCUCAUCGAGGAGCUUCACUCCAGAGGGCAUGAGAUAACAGUCCUGCGACCGUCCGACAGCUGGUACAUCAAGCCAGAUUCUCCCUACUACAAGUCCAUCACUAUCAAUUCCUCAGCUGGUUUUGAUGAGGAAAACUUUGGCUUAUUUGUAACCGAAACGCUGAAGAUGCGGCGGGAAGGUGCAUCCCUUUGGAAUCUUAUAUUUCUGCGAUUUGGAAUGUUAAACGCAUUCUAUAACAUGCAUCAGCAGCUGCUUGAGAUGGUGGAGCAGAUGUUCCAGGACAGCAAACUGAUGCAGAGCCUUCGCGACGCCAAUUAUGAUUUGGUUCUGACAGAUCCUGCUAUUGGUGGAGGGGUGCUUCUGGGUCACCGCUUGGGUCUUCCACUUGUCUUCAAUGUGAGGUGGACCAUUCAGGGUGAGGGACAUCAGACAAUAGCACCGUCCCCAGUCUCAUAUGUCCCAAUACCAGAGUCAGAGCUGACUGACAAGAUGACCUUCAACCAGAGAGUGAAGAACGUCCUCUUCUAUUUAUUUACACGUUUUCAAAUUUGGUACACUGUGGAUUCAAACUACAAACCUUUUGUCCAGCGUCACUUCGGCAGUGACGUACAUUACAUGGAGCUGUUCCAAGCCGCAGAUAUCUGGCUGAUGAGGAUCGAUUUUACCUUUGAGUUCCCAAGACCCACGAUGCCCAACAUCAUCUACAUGUCGGGGUUUCAGUGCAAACCCUCCAAGCCUCUGUCCAAAGACCUGGAGGAGUUUGUCCAGAGCUCUGGUGAACAUGGGGUCAUCGUUAUGACCUUGGGAACCCUGGUGGCAAACCUUCCAGAGGAGGUCAGUGACCACAUCGCAGCAGCUUUUGCCAAACUUCCUCAGAAGGUGAUCUGGAGGCACAAAGGAAAAAGGCCGUCCACUCUUGGGAACAACACCUUACUCUUAGACUGGCUGCCUCAGAACGACCUCCUGGGUCACCCCAAGACCAGACUGUUUGUGGCCCAUGGAGGAACCAACGGAAUCCAGGAGGCCGUCUACCACGGUGUUCCCCUGGUGGGCCUGCCUCUGAUGUUUGAUCAGCCUGACAACUUCUUCAAGAUGAAAGUAAGAGGUGUGGCCAAAGUCAUGGACAUUGCAACUGUGAACAGAGAGAACUUCUUGGAGGCGCUGGAGGAGGUUCUCUAUGAACCUAGCUACAGGGAGAACAUGAGGAAGCUGUCCAACCUGCAGAGAGAUCAGCCCAUCAAACCACUGGACCAUGCCGUGUUCUGGAUCGAGUUUGUCAUGAGGCACAAGGGGGCGCCGCACCUCAGGACCGACUCUUAUAAGAUGUCCCUGGUCCAGUACUACUCCCUCGAUGUCAUUGGCUGUCUGCUGGCAGUUGGUUUGGCAGCAUUCACUCUCUUUAUUGCUGUCAUCAAGUUUUUGUGGUGCAGAGUGUUUUACAGAAGCAAAGUCAAAAAUGAAUGAGCGUGCUGCAAUAUUUCACAAUUUUAUGAUCUGAAUUUUGAUUCAUGAAAACGAUACUAAAUCUUUCAGUAGUGUGCAGCUGAACGCAGCGACCUCCUCCCACCUCAGCACCUGGUGCAGAGGUUUUACCUGUGGCCACUGCCCACAGCUACAGCUCAGUCAAACCUGCUCCUUUAGCUUUAUAUACUUAUCAUUAUUAAUGUUUGAUUCAAAUUAAUCUGUUCUGAUGAACACGUUGGGAUUCUCUAUAUAUAAGAGUCCACUGUGAGACAAUGCUGCAACAUUUCUUUGAAGAUAUUCUACUGUUUAAACUGUAAAUUCUGACUCAUGAUACAGAGUCCUUCACUGGAGUUACCUGUUUACUGUCUCAGUGCUCGAUGUCACAUGUUCCAGAGACGUCCUCAUUAAACACCUACUUCAGAUGAGGACUGAGAACCAAAAAGUUCCUCAAAGGUUCACUUUCCAUCAGACCACACAGAUGUUUAUGAGUUUAAUGAAUGAAUUAUUUUUAUUUCAUGAGGAAUCGCUCACAGUCAUUUUUAACGUCUUUCAAUGCUUUUUGUACAAUGACGAAUGAUACUGAUGAUUGUCAAAUGUUUUCAAAUAAAAGACAUAUUUUCAAAUCA